CGAGUACUAUACACUCGACUAGCUUUAGAGGGGGAUAGGGAGUGAAGAGUGAAGACCAGUUGGAAGUUGCGAUAACGAAUUUUAGGGCUCGAUUGAUGUUUGACGUCAUUUGAGCCCACUGUAGUAAGUGGGAUAUGGCGAGUGUGUCCGUGUGUCCCCGUGUGGGGCAAUAACGAUGUCGUGACUAUAUGUGCUUAACUUGGGUGUGUCGACAUGUUUACUCUAGACAGUUAGGGCUUGUCUUUAAAUCAGAUAUUCCCUUAGCGAGAAGUGGAGAGGACUGUGAUGGGACGUGGGUGGACAUAAUGUAGACCACGCCAAAGGUCUUGUUCGUUUCAGUUAUAAUGGAUGUAGUGUACAGAAAUUUUUCCUUAUAAACAAAAUCGUAGAAGAUGUUCAAGGGGCAGCUACAAGUGUCAUGGCCCCUGUGUUUGUUCGCCCUCCUUUGUAUAGGAAACUUUGUCUCAACUAGGGCCGCUGAAAAUUAUGGCCACUAUCUCAAUCAGUUUGCCAUCAGGCUGAAAUCAGGCAACCUGGAAACUGCUCAGAAGAUUGCAAGAGAACAUGGACUUAUUGUGAAAAGAGAGCUUCCAAACAUCAACAUAUUUUUGCUGGAGCAUCCGAAGGUUCACUAUCGAGCAAAAAGAAGUGCUGAGAAUGAGCUCAAGUUUCUUCAAAAUGAUGAACGGGUAGCACAUGCUCAGCAAGAGGUGGUUCUACAUCGAGUGAAACGGAGAAAUGUGAUAUACGACAAACAAUUGGAACUGCCCAUCCGAUCAAUCGAAGAUGAUUCUUUGUAUACACGAGUCGAGCCCUCAAAUUUGGCCACCAGAGACAACAUCUAUGGAGUCAGUGUCAAGUUUGAGGAUCCCAAAUUCAAAGACAUGUGGUAUUUGGUUAACCGAGGUCAGAGUGGUGGUGAGAAAGGGCUGGAUAUGAAUGUUGCAGUGGUAUGGCAGAAUGGCUUCACUGGAAAAGGUGUUGUUGUCUGCAUUCUAGAUGAUGGCAUAGACCACACUCACCCAGAUCUGUCUGAGAAUUAUGAUCCUGAAGCAAGCACAGAUCUAAAUGACAAAAGGGACCCACUGGAGGAUCCUAUGCCAGAUACAAGUAAUAUUGACAACAGCCAUGGGACUCACUGUGCUGGUGAAGUUGCUGCCGCAGCAAAUAAUGAUGUCUGUGGUGUUGGUGUAGCCUACAACGCAAAAAUUGGAGGAGUUCGGAUUCUGGACGGCCCAGUAACUGAUGCAUUAGAGGCAGAGGCUCUGACUUUCAACAACAAGUACAUAGAUAUUUACAGCUCAUCAUGGGGACCAAAUGAUGAUGGAGCCACAAUGGAAGGACCGAGGCUCUUAGCUCUGGAGGCGUUACGCAAGGGAGUUACUGAGGGCCGGGCUGGUCUGGGGUCAAUAUUUGUGUGGGCUACAGGCAAUGGUGGGAUGAACGAAGAUGACUGUAGUGCAGAUGGCUACGUGUCCAGGCCGGAGACUUUGUCCGUUGGUUCCGUGAAUGACUGGGGAAGGAGCCCGUUUUUCAUGGAGAACUGCUCCUCCACGCUAGCUGUUGUGCCCAGUGGUGGUGAAGACUACAUAGAUCAAGAGAGGGAAACUGGAGUCAAACUUAAAGUGGUUACAACAGAUAUGAACGGUGGAUGUAUUGAAAACUUCCAAGGUACUUCAAGUGCUGCCCCUCUGGCUGCAGGCUGCUUAGCAAAUGUUUUACAAGCCAAUCCUUUACUGAGCUGGCGAGAUGUCCAACACCUGGUCGUGCGAGGGUCACGCAUCCCAUCGGCAGACAGCAGCUGGACCAUCAAUGGAGCCGGACAUCACGUGAGCCACCGGUUUGGCUUCGGCCUUUUUGACUGUGGCAAGAUGGUGGAGCUAGCUCAGAGCUGGGAAAACUUUCCACAGCAACGUGUCUGCAACACAACACGCAAAAACUACCAAAUCCUGAAGAGUGGAGGAAAAAUUGUUGAUUCCAUGGAAAUAAAUGGCUGUUAUGGACAUGAAUCUCAAUCAAUUGACCGUUUGGAACAUGUGCAAGUCCAUGUGAAGAUGUCGACAGUCAUCCGGGGAGACACUGAAAUUGUCCUGACCUCUCCGGCUGGUACAAGAUCGGUCCUGCUGUCUCCACGUGGCAAUGAUAAUCAUCAUGGAGAGUGGGAAUUCACGUUCAUGACUGUGCACUCCUGGGAUGAGAGCCCAAAGGGAACAUGGACAUUAACGGUACACCAUAGACCAGGUUCUGUUAAGCCAAGAAAAAAUACGGAUGAAGAGAACUUCAAAGAUGAUCUUCAUAAACUUACAGAGAUGCUUGAUAUGGACACCAGUCCUCCAGGCUACAUCAAAGAAUGGAGUCUGGUAUUGUAUGGAACACAUGGCACGCGACACCAGCGAGCACAUCUGGAGGCAAGUCGUGAGCAGAAUGCGUUUAGUCCUUCUGAGAAAGUCGUGUUGGAAAUUAAGAAAAAAGAGGUGGAACUUUCUAAGAGGGUUCAGGUGAAGAGAGCAGAGAUCAGUGGACUUAAGAAUUCGGAAAUGGAGAAAGUUGAUGAUAAAACUGAGAGAGAUGAGCUUAUUCGCACAUUAUGGAAUACACUUCACAGGCAUGGAGGAAAGUAUGUGAAGAAGAGGGUUCUUAAGACAAGUAUCGGUACUGGAAAGUUUGUUAAAAAAAAGAACCUAGACAAUAUUGAAGAUCUUGACAAGUUGGUAGACUAUGUAACCUCAAUGCUUGAAAAUGCAAUUCAGGAAAGAGGAGAAAAGUAAUUUGAAAAAAAAAAGGUAUGAACAGGAUGCAUGCAAAAGAUGUUUCAACCUGAUUUUGUAUUAUGUGAAACAACAAUAAUAUUUGGCUACAGCAAAACAUUCUUUUAUCAAUAUUCAGGCUUCCUCAAAUUUGAAAAAUGAAUCUGUUGAAUCACAGUCAUUAUGUGAUUGGGUUAUAUUUACUGCUUAAACCUGUGUAACAGGAUGAUCCAUUACAGGUGUUGGACAGAAACAUUUUAUUCUGAAAGCAUGUCAAGAGGAAAGCCCAGUUUUAUGUUCUUGAGAUUAAUAUAAGAUGACUAAAGACUGAAAGCUUUUAACAAAUAUGCAAUGAGAAUUAAAAAAUAAUAGGCAUAUCUAUUGAUUAACAUUACUGUUUACAUCUUACGCCAAUAUCCCUAUGAAGCUGAUCAUAACCUAAACGGUGAUGAAAUACCUCAAAUGCAAAAUAUGGUUCUCGUGAAGACAAACUAAUGCAGAACUCAAAUUGCACACUGUUCUCAUGAAAACAAACUUAUAGUGUAUGAGCACAAAAUACGUAUACAUACAUACACACACAAACACACACGCACACAUAACAUGCACACCUUCAUUGAAAAAGAAAGACGCUUCAAUUCCUCUAGUUUGUUAACACGAGGAAGAAAUCCAAAGUGCUGGUUUAGUUGGAAGUUCUACCGCGCUACGGCGGUCUACCAUAAUUCCCACCUGACCAUGAUCUACUAGCUGCAGUUUCGUUGGUCAAACACAGAGUAUGCCCAGCCUGACUGGCAACGGUAACGACAGCGCUUGAGAAAUUUAGGCCAGCGGUAGUGGCAUUAUAUAAUUUAGCUAUGUAGUGUAGGUAGACAGAUGGAUUGCUUCAUUUUGUAGUGGUAAAGAUAUGAUCGCCAAGUAAGUCGCUAUAGCAAGUGACUUUUUCUAGAAAUUGGGGAUUUGGGCUUUUUCUCCUCUCUCCCCCUCUCCCAGACAAACUGCAACCAUCAAAACAUUUUUACCAUGGCAAAUUACAGUCCCAAGCCUGUAUACAUUUAAGAGGGAUCUGUAAACUGACCCUUGACUCAAGUUCCAAGCUUGCAUAGACUGGUAAAGUUUCAACUAAACCAGUUGUCAGACCACUGAUUCAGCUAAAAAAACGUCGGUAGAUUUUCAACUCACCUGGCACCAAAUUGAAAGUCCACACAUUUUCAUUCAGAUGUCUGUGAUAACUUUUUACCCCCAUACCAUUUUAUGACUUUUGUUCUUAAUGUGAGGCUGUUGAAGUUGAAGAGUUUUAUUUUUAAAGCAUUGUUGAUGUGAGAUCUUUUGAGAUAAUUAGCUAAAAUUUAGCAAUACAUGUACACUAUAAUUAAUGUUCUUAUACCAGACACAAACUGGUCAUUCUGCACUGUCAACUCAUAACAGUGGGUUUUUAUGGUCUAUCCUUUUAUGAGUUAGAUCAUUUGGGAAGCUGCCUGCUUUGAACUUGCUUUUCAGGUCCAAUCAGGGCAGAGUGGGAUAUGAUGAUUUCCCAGAUAAGACAGACAGAGCUUUUGAAGAAAACACUUACAAAACAUUUCGACAAUCCAAUAAAGAUUCUUUUUUUCUCUUCAGAGGAGAAAAGCUUCCUUUUUUCAUGUAUCGACGGCUGGGUGCAAAACUCUAGCAAACACCAAUUUCCAAUGGUGAUUAUCAGAGUCCUUCAUCCAACCAAAAUUAUCAUGUCCUAUUCUGGAAUCAUUUCCAACCUCAUUGUUUACCAUUUCAAUUUCGUCCAACAGUAUAAAAGCCGCGAUCUUUGACUUUUGCAGGUUUUUGGGACUUACCUUUCUAAUCUAGACCUAUACUGUAUGUUCCUUUUACUUUUACACUAAUACUAAUAGUUUAAAAAAUAAAUUCUUAAUAUAAAACUGUCAAA